AUAUUAAAAUUUACGAUAACAGAGUAAAGUCAGAGACUCUGGUAAAGUGUUUAUAGUGCUUGUGUGGUGUAACUUAAUAUUGAGUGAAAUUAAAUAUUGCUAGCCAAGAUGACUGCUUCAGAACAAAUAGGUUUGAAUAAAACUUGGGAAUUAUCACUUUACGAAUUACAUCGUACUCCGCAAGAAGCCAUAACUGACAAUAAUGUGGAAAUAGCAGUAUCUCCAAGAAGUCUCCAUAGCGAAUUAAUGUGCCCCAUUUGUUUGGACAUGUUGAAGAAGACGAUGACCACAAAAGAAUGCUUACACAGGUUUUGUUCGGACUGCAUAAUUACUGCGUUGAGAUCGGGAAACAAAGAAUGUCCCACCUGCAGGAAGAAACUUGUCUCCAAACGUUCUCUAAGACCUGAUCCAAAUUUUGACCUACUUAUUGCUAAGAUCUACCCAAGCAGAGAUGAAUAUGAAGCACACCAGGAGAGAGUACUCGCUAAAUUGAAUAAAAGUCAUUCCUCAGCUGCUCUGGUGAAUUCUAUCAAUGAAGGUAUCAAGAUGCAGUCCCAAAAUAGACCAAACAGAUCUAGAAAGAUGAAUGAAAAUGACAGAAAUGAAAUCAAUGAAGCCAGUUCAGCACAGAACCAAGAUAAUACCACACAAAAUUCUAAUCCGCCUCCUCCAGCUACUACAAAUCAAAAUUCUAACCCACCAACUACAACUGCUCCAGGAAGUCCUGUGCCUUCUGGACGAAGCUCUCCACCUUCACAGCCUCCCAGUCCAGUCUCAAGUAAUGUGAGUUCAGUCAGUAAAUCAUUAAAACGACCAAAGAGCGUUAUGACCUCUGAGAGAAGUGAAGAGAGUGAGUCUAGUGAAAGAACUGAGCAAACAGACACCGAAGGAGAAGGUCCAUCGGAACCAAUGACACUUAAUGAAAUAGAGUUGGUAUUCAAGCCUCAUCCCACAGAAAUGGCCGGGGACAAUGCUCUUGUCAAAGCACUUAAGGAAAAUUCCAUUCGUUACAUAAAAACAACAGCAAAUGCUACAGUCGAUCAUCUCCACAAAUAUUUGGCCAUGCGUUUGACCUUAGAUUUGGAAUCACAGCUGUCAGCGUCCCAACACAACUCUGUUAAUUUCUGUAUAUAUAUUUCGCCCUCUGCUGGGCAGUAUGUUCAGCUAAAUGGCAAUCAAACUUUAGGUCAAGUGAACGAUAAGUAUUGGAAGGUUAAUAAACCGUUGGAAAUGUAUUAUUCUUGGAAGAAGACAUAGACAAAUUCUGGGGUAAGAAAACCUAAAAGGAGGAAGAAGUGGAAGAGGUGUUAUCGCCAGUUGAAAUUACCAAUGUCUUUUCUCCAUAAAGAUACAUUGUUUGACUCAACCAGUUCAAUAUAUCAUCGGUCUUAAUUUUAUAUUUUAAAUUAUUGUUUAUUGUGAUAUUAAUUUUCUUGUAUACAAAAAUCAACAAUUUUUCAUUUUAAAUUGAAUAUCUUGUGAAAUAUCUUUUCAUAUCAGUUUGUUGAUUGUUUAAUCAUAUAUUUCAUGUUUUCUUAGGUAGUUAUGACUCGAAAUUAUUUGUCUCUUUGAUGUAUAUUUUACAUAAAUCAGAUAACACUGUUA